AUGCUGGCGCUAUGCACGAAGGCUAACUGGGAGGUACAGAAUAACAAGGACCAGCUGAUCCAUUCACUUCGAACCCAUCGUGUCAAUACCAUUACGGAACUACGUCGCAUCGAGAAAAUCUUUGCAUAUCUCGAUUCUGCAGAGGUUACGGAACCAAUGACCACUGCAUGGGCUCACUACGUCAACUCGAACAAUCUCCUGAAUGAACUGAGAGGCUUAACAAGAACCUAUCCGUUCAGUUCGGAGUGUCUCGAUGAAGCCAAAUCGUUGGUGGUACGAGAUCCAAGUAGUGUUCGGAGCUGGAACUAUUGCUGGUUGGUUUUGGUGAAGAUGGAAAGAGAUAAUCUCAUCACGAAACAUGCUCGCGCUCUUGCUUCGAAAGCGAGCACAUGGGGUGGCCGAAGACCGACUGCCGCAGAGUUUGACAAGCUUGUCAAUGCUUGUGUGACAGAAUGGACCCGAGCACUCAGGCAGAUGCUCAGACAUUGGGACAACCCUCCAAGCACGACUGGAAACUAG